AUGCUCCCUUUCAGCGUGGACUAUGUCGUCGCCUACAAGAUCCCGUCAAGUGACUCCGCCGAAGCCGAAGCCGCCUUCAGCCAACUAAUCACCGCCCUCUCGGCCGUCGGUUUCGCCACCGAGGUCCGCCCCGGCCGUACCCCGGCCUCCCUGCUCGUCUUCGUCAAACUUGCCUCCCCCGCCCUGCUGCAAUCCCAAAUCUACCGCGCCCGUGUACAGGACUGGCUCUUUGGCGUGCGGCCCUCCGCCCCGGCCCCGUCUAGCAACGGGAACGCCGGCGCCAGCCACACGCAGGCCGACAUGGACCGAUAUUUUGCCGAGGAAGAGCCCGUGACGGAGGCCGAGCGACUGCGGCUGGCGUACGAGUUGAUCACACGGCCUAAGAAUGAGGGCGGCGCGGGUGUCACGCCGCGUCGGGGCACGUGGAAGUUUGUGGAGAGCGUGUUCCCGCUACAUGAUCGUGCCUUUAAUAGGGACUGGAUCAGUGAAUGGAGCCGGAAGUACUACUUGGACGAAGGGGAUAUUAACUUGAUCCGUGACCGGUUCGGCGAGCGGGUAGCGUUUUACUUUGCGUUUUUGCAGUCGUAUUUCUUGUUUCUUGUCUUUCCGGCCGCGUUUGGGUUUGCCGCGUGGUUGGUGCUGGGCCCAUUCUCGUGGGUGUAUGCGGUUGUGAUCGCGUUGUGGUCGGUGGUGUUUUUUGAGCACUGGAAGAUGAAGGAGGUCGAUUUGGCGGUGCAGUGGGGGGUGCGUGGCGUUGGGCGGAUCCAGCUGCCGCGAUCGCAGUUCAAGUUUGAGAGGGAGGGAAUUGAUCCCGUCACGGGCGAGGUGAUCAAGGUGUACUCGCCGUACAAGCGGCUGGCGAGGCAGCUGUUGCAGAUCCCGUUUGCCGCGGCGUGUGUGGUGAUUCUGGGCAGCUUGAUUGGCGGCUGUUUUGCCGUGGAGAUCUUCAUCAAUGAGGUCUACAAUGGGCCGUUCAAGCAGUACCUGGCCUUCCUGCCGACCAUUCUGCUCACCAUCCUCAACCCCACGCUGACGACCCUUCUCACGAACCUGGCCCAAAAGCUGACUGAUAUCGAAAACUACCGGACUCAUGAUUCCCAUCAAGCGUCGUUCGUCCAAAAGAUCUUCGUCAUCAACUUCAUCACCUCUUACUUAGGCGUCUUCCUAACAGCUUUCGUCUACGUACCCUUUGGCAAGAUCCUGGUGCCGUAUCUCGAUGUCUUCAAGCUCACCGCGCAGCGCUUCACAGCGGAGGGUCAACCUCUCCCCACUAAGAACUGGCAAAUCAACCCCGACCGCCUCACCUCCCAGGUCUUCUACCUCACAGUGACCGCCCAGGUUGUCAAUCUCUUGACCGAAUUCAUCGUACCAUACGUCAAGCGCAAGGUCUUCCGCACCGUCGAACGCGUACAGACUGAAAUGGCCGAGAAGAACAACGGCGGCUCGGAUUCCUCCUCUCCCUCCCGGCUUAAGGACCAACCCGAAGAAGCGGAGUUCCUCGAGCGCGCCCGCGAAGAGGCCGAGCUAGACGAGUACGACGUUACGAUCGACUACCGCGAGAUGGUCAUGCAAUUCGGCUACCUCUCCCUCUUCUCCGUCAUCUGGCCCCUCACCGCCUGUUCUUUCCUCGUUAACAACUGGGUCGAGGCCCGCUCCGACGCCAUGAAGAUCGCGACCAACUGCCAGCGGCCCAUCCCCUGGCGCGCUGACUCCAUCGGGCCCUGGCUCGACUCCCUCGGCUUCCUGGCCUGGAUGGGCAGCUUGACCAGCGCCGCGUUGGUGUUCUUGUUUCGGGACGGUCCCACGGCUGCGUUCACCCGCUCGCCGUGGGAUAUCUCGGGUUGGGCGCUGCUGCUGGCUGUGUUGCUGGCGGAGCAUGCGUAUUUGCUGGUACAGCUUGUCGUGCGCGGACUGGUCAAGAAGUUGGAUAGCCCUGGGUUGCAGAAGGAACGGUCGGAGCGGUAUGCCAUUCGGAAGAGGCUGCUGGAGAGGAUGUUUGAGUGGGAGGGGACUAGCGCGGGGUUGGGUAGUAGUGCCGGGGAGAAGAUCACGAGGGAAGUUCUUGAAGAGGAAGCUAGGAAGUUGUCGACCGUCGGUGGCGGGGCGCCGGAGCAGCUGUGA